AUGGUGAGAGACGUUGAUUUGUACGUCACAGUCCCUAGUUUCUUCAGGUGUCCAAUCUCACUUGACGUGAUGAAAUCACCUGUCAGUCUCUGUACUGGAGUCACCUACGACCGUACCAGCAUCCAACGCUGGUUAGAUAGCGGCAACAACACUUGUCCCGCCACCAUGCAGGUCCUUAACAGCAAGGAGUUCGUUCCCAACCGCACUUUGCAGAGGCUCAUCCAGAUCUGGUCUGACUCGGUCCAGACUCAGAACGACCGCCGAGCUGACUCAUCCGCAAACUCGGUGGUCGCGAGGGAGGAGAUUGAAGUUUUGGUGAAAGAAAUGAGAGCCCAGAAAGAAAAAAUUGAUCAUUUGUCGAAAUUCAUCUGUUUCGCCAAAGAAUCUGAAGAGAACUGCGAGUUCUUGGCGAAAUUUGAUGGGUUUGUGGAAAUGCUUGUUGGGUUCCUUGGUGGUGAUAAGGACAUUAAUUUUAUCGAACGAGUUGUUAAAAUUUUGGUUUUGACUUUGAACAAAGUUGGAGACUACAAGGCGUUAAGGUUGUUGAUGUUGAAGCAAGACAAUGAUAUUGGCUCUCGAGAUUGUAUGUCUUCGCUCCUUCUUCUCUUAAAACAAGGAAGAAGCGUGAACUCACGAGUUGGAGUCCUUAAACUCAUCGAAGCUGUAGCUAUCGAUGCAGAGUCUAAACAGAUGGUUGCGGAGAAGGAAGGGUUCUUGCUCGAACUGGUGAAAUUGGUGGGUUUAGAAAAUGAUCCAAGCUUGAUCGAAGCAAGUUUAUCUUGUUUGAUAGCGAUUUCUAUGCCAAAACGUGUUAGAAUGAAGCUAAUCAAUUUCAAAGUAAUUGGAGAGUUGAGAAAAUUGUUAACGGGAGGGCAGAACGCGAGCGUUUCGAUCAUAGAAAAGGCAUUGAAGCUGCUAGAAAUGGUAACAUCAUUCAGGGGAGGGAGGGCGGACUUUUGCAAUGACGCGGCGUGUGUUGAGGCUGUGAUGAAUAGAGUGCUGAAAGUUUCGAGCGAUGCGACGGAGCAUGCGGUGAUGAUAUUGUGGAGCGUGUGCUAUUUGUUUAGAGAUCGAGAUGCGCAAGAUGCAGUAGUGAAGAGUAAUGGAUUGACCAAGAUAUUGUUGUUAAUGCAAAGUAAUUGUUCACCUGGUGUUAGGCAAAUGUCUGGUGAUUUGUUGAAGAUUUUCAGGGUGAAUUCUAAGUCUAAUUAUUGUCUUUCUAGUUAUGAAACUAAGACAACUCACAUCAUGCCCUUUUGA